AUGUUUCCGAGAAAAUAUGCAUCCAGACAUGAUAAAAGGGAAAAAAGAAAACGAGCCCAACAUUUGAUUGAAUCUCAAAUAGGAGCAUUAGAUAAAUUUUUUUGUAGUAGUCGAGUGGAAGAAUCUUCGAAUAACUUGAAUAGUGAUGAUAAUUUUAAUGAUGUGCCAAUUGUCGAUUUUCCUAAUGAUGUGCCAAAUGUCGAUGUUUCUAAUGAUGUGCCAAAUGUCGAUGUUCCUAAUGAUGUGCCAAAUGUUGUUGUGGGUAUUAAUGGACACUUUAUCCCUCCUUUUGAUAUCUAUGAUCCUAGAAAUUGGGGUUUACUUGAUGCUACUAGAGAUAUUUUGAUUGAAAAAGGACCUAUAAGAGAAUUAAAUCUCACAUUUCCUAUCGAUAGUUUUUCUAGGCAUUUUUCAUAUUCUUAUUUUAUAAGAAAGUUGAGUAAUGGGGAAACUUUGGAUAGAAAAUGGUUGGUUUAUUCAAAACAUGUUGAUAAAGUAUAUUAUUUUUGUUGUAAAUUGUUCACUUCUCAAAAUAAUAAAACUCUUUUAGCAAAUGAUGGAGUGAAUGAUUGGAAACAUUUGAGCGAGAAACUCAAACUACAUGAGAAUAGUGUUGAACAUUUGACUAAUAUGAGUGCUUGGAAUGAAACAAGAUUGAGAUUGAAUAAGAACAAAGGCAUUGAUAAAGAGUUGCAAGAAGGGAUUCUUAAAGAAAAGGAACGUUGGAGACAAGUUUUGAUAAGAAUAAUAUAUGUUGUUAAAUAUCUUGCUAAACAUAAUUUAGCUUUUCGUGUAUCUAAUGGAAAAUUGUAUGAGGAUAGUAAUGGUAAUUUUUUGGGUUUGAUUGAAAUGAUAGCUGAAUUUGAUUUGAUAAUGCAAGAUCAUGUUAGACGUAUAAAAAUUCAUGAAAUUCACUAUCACUACCUUGGUCCUCAAAUUCAAAAUGAAUUGAUUUCUCUUUUAGCCCAUAGUGUUAGAACUUCUAUGAUAAAGAUCAUCAAAGAGGCUAAAUAUUUUUCUGUGAUACUUGAUUGUACCCCGGAUGUGAGCCAUCAAGAGCAAAUGACUUUGAUAGUAUGAUGUGUUAAUGUGUCUUGUGAUAAGAUAAAA